ACAGCUGUGAACUUCUCACGGUAAAACACCCACCACUUUCCAUUUAUGUUAGUCGAAGACACUGCAUCGUGUCAUUUAACAUGGGGAUUCUUAUUACUGGGUUGUUGGUACUCUGUUACCUGGAACUGACUUCUGCAAUGUUUUUCGACCUGGGGGAGCAAGAAGAGAAAUGCAUCAUCGAGGAGGUGCCAGAGGACACACUAGUAACGGGGUAUUUUCUGCUGGAAUACUGGGACAAUGGAAAGCCAAAUCACUUGCCUCAUCUUGGUCUGACCGUCACUGUGAGAGACCCAGACCACCAGACAUUGAUGUCUAAAAGAUAUGGCCGAAAGGGAAAAUUCACAUUUACAGCACAUUCCUCUGGCCAACACUUCCUGUGUAUGCAGUCCAACUCCACACGCUUUGCAGUCUUUGCUGGGGACAGGCUGCGUCUGCACCUGGAUGUUCAAAUGGGAGAACACACCAUGGACCCAGGCACUGCUAAAGCGAAAGACACAGUUAAAACCAUGGAGUACAGUCUGCAGCAUAUAAUCGACCAAAUGCUGUACAUCAGCAGGCAGCAGAACUUCCAGCGGGAGCGGGAGGAGACGUUUCGUCAAAUAAGUGAAAAAAGCAACGGAAAUAUUUUGUGGUGGGCUAUUCUACAAACUGCUAUUCUUCUCACCGUCGGCGUCUGGCAGAUGAAGCGUUUGAAAGACUUCCUCAUUGAAAAGAAGCUUGUAUAAGAGAGACAAGUCUCUCCACUCCUUAUACUGUACAAUCAACUAGACACAAAAUAAAUGUUCUUGAUAACACCAAACAACGCUUGUCUUGUUU